AGGCUUCCGUAUAUUUUUGAGUGAUUCGUGACGCACCAGCUCCGAACGGACAGGAUCAUUUUUACAGGCAAGAUGGCGACUUCGGAGCCGGUAAGCGAGAUCGAGAAUGCACCUGAAACAGAAGAGCCCCAACCUGAAGUAAUUCCCACUGCACCACCUGUGGUCACUGGUUCUGAGCAGUACAUCAAACACCCCCUGCAAAACAAAUGGGCGCUGUGGUAUUUCAAAAAUGACAAGACCAAAAGCUGGACAGAGAACCUCCGUCUCAUCGCAAAGUUUGACACAGUGGAAGACUUCUGGGCAUUAUAUAACCACAUACAGCAGCCCAGUAAGUUAGGCUUCGGCUGUGACUACUGCUUAUUUAAGGAUGGGGUGAAGCCUAUGUGGGAGGAUGACAAGAACAAGCUGGGUGGGAGGUGGCUGAUGACCCUCAGCAAACAGCAAAGACAAAUCGACCUUGACCGCUACUGGAUGGAGACACUGUUGUGUUUAAUCGGCGAGUCGUUUGACGAGGCCAGUGAAGACGUGUGUGGAGCGGUGGUCAACGUCAGACCCAAGGGAGAUAAAAUAUCCAUCUGGACUGGGAACUGUCAGAACAAGGAAGCCAUCGUGGCGAUAGGACAACAGUAUAAAGAGCGCCUGAGUAUCCCCAUCAAGCUCCUGAUUGGCUACCAGUCGCAUGACGACACGUCUAGCAAGAGUGGUUCCACCACAAAGAACAUGUACUCAGUCUGAUCAACCAACACCCAACUCAACUACAAACCCACUAGAGCU